AUGGAAAGAUUUUUUAAGAGAAAGUCAUCAUUGGGUAGUUCGGAUAGUGUGGGUAGUUCAAGAACUUCAAGUUCAAGACAAAGUGAGUUAGAUGAGGUUUUGGUUAAUCUUCAGGCAGACCCGGGACUAAGAAUUCGUAUGAUUGAGUAUGAUACUAAUAUUACAGAUGAGGUUCGAAGAGCAUAUCUACAAAAAGGACCUUGUCAACCUAAAGUGGGUAGUGAAGCCUUCACUAGAGCAGGGUUUAAGAAUUGGAAGAAAUGGAGAGAAAGAAUGAAGGUGCAUGUUGGACCGGUUGGUAGUGUUCAUAAUAAAGCUAGAGAAGCCGCUACAAAUUUGAUGAAUCAAAAUACACAUAUUGAAACGGCUCUGAGCAAACACUCUGAACAAGCUCGUAUGGCAUAUCGAAGAUGCUUAAUUGCAUCAAUCAAGUGCACUAAGUUUCUAUUGAGACAAGGUCUUUCUUUUCGUGAAAAUGAUGAAAGUGCCACUUCAAGCAAUAGGGGAAAUUACUUGGAGCUAUUGCAAUUCCUUGCAGACAAUGAUGAGAAAGUUAAAGAAGUUGUGUUGCAAAAUGCUCCGGGGAAUCUCAAGUUAGUAGCUCCAAAGAUUCAAAAAGAUAUUGUCAAUGCAUGUGCCGGGGAAACACUUGAUGUUAUCAUGAGUGGUUUAAAAGAUAGAUUCUUUUCUAUAUUAGUGGAUGAAGCACGUGAUAUUUCUGUGAAAGAGCAAAUGGCUAUGAUGUUGCGUUAUGUGGACGACAAAGGGCAUGUAAUUGAAAGGUUUGUAGGGGUUCAACAUGUUACCGACACCACUUCAAGUUCACUAAAGGAUGCCAUUGACAUAUUCUUUUCUUCCAAUGGUUUGAGCUUUUCCAAGUUACGAGGACAAGGUUAUGAUGGAGCUAGCAAUAUGAGAGGUGAGUUGAAUGGCCUUAAAACAAAGAUUUUGAGAGAACAACCUUGUGCAUACUAUGUUCAUUGCUUUGCUCAUCAACUUCAACUAGCACUUGUUGCCGUAGCAAAGAACAAUAUUGAUAUUGCCUCUUUCUUCACAACCACUAAUAGUGUGGUUAACCAUGUUGGAGCAUCGUGUAAGCGGCGUAUGCACUUAGAGCACAACUCCAAGAAGAACUUGUGA